CGGGGAGACCCCCCCCUCUUCCCCGGGGGUGGAGCGAGCGGGGUAAAUGCUCUGGCUCCACGGGCCGCUGCGGAGUCACGCCGGAGUCACUCGCGGCUCGCUACGCCCCGUCCCCGCGGCAGGAAUGACUGAGGAGACACUUCUUUAAAAUUUGCUUGGCUCUGCACUUCACACAUAGACUCUACACAGAGAUUGAGAAUUGCUUUCCAGCACUUUAUGUGAACUGGGACACACUUAGAAAAACCUGUAUGGGAUCCUAAGAACUUACGGAUGGAUGAUGUACUUACCAUGAUUAAGGUCAACAUGGAUUCGUGGUUCUUUGUCCUCUUGCUUGGAAGUGGCCUGACGUGUCUAGGUGCGCACAUCACUACCUCAGUGCCACCGUCCAUAGAGCACACCUCUGCCAUGCAUUCCACGAAAGCCCCUACAUCAGAGCCAGAUGGCAGAAAGGGCACUAGUCCAAACAGUCUGAACGCUAGCUCUUCAACAACCGUAGUUACCAAGGCGCCUGGGCCUACUACCAUGCAAGCCACAGAGCUCCCUCCGAACACCACUGUCAGCUUGCUGGGCAAUGAAAACCGCACCAUGAGGACAACUGUGCCUGCACCUGGGUCCACCUCCAGUCCACCCAGCACCACAUAUUCUGCUGCACAAACAGCUUCAGAAGACAUAAAGACAGUGCCCGCAAUGGGGAACAUCACUAUGGCAGUAACUUCUCCAGAAACCAUUGUCACUUCAGGUGAGCCAUCAAAAGGCCCAGGUGAUUCUGAUCAGGAGAGAAGAGAUGAGACUCCAAUUAUAGCUGUAAUGGUGGCCCUAUCUUCCCUGCUAGUCAUAGUAUUUAUAAUUAUUGUGCUGUACAUGUUAAGGUUUAAGAAAUACAAGCAAGCUGGGAGCCAUUCCAACUCAUUUCGCUUGUCCAAUGGCCGAACAGAUGACACAGAGCCGCAGAGCAUGCCGCUCCUUGCCAGAUCGCCCAGCACCAACAGGAAGUACCCGCCACUGCCUGUGGAUAAAUUGGAAGAGGAGAUUAACCGGCGAAUGGCAGACGACAAUAAGCUCUUCCGGGAAGAAUUCAACGCUCUCCCAGCGUGCCCCAUCCAGGCCACAUGUGAAGCCGCCUCCAAGGAGGAAAACAAAGAGAAGAACAGAUAUGUGAACAUUUUGCCCUAUGAUCAUUCCAGGGUUCAUCUGACUCCCAUCGAAGGUGUCCCGGAUUCUGAUUACAUUAACGCCUCCUUCAUUAAUGGGUACCAAGAAAAAAACAAGUUUAUUGCUGCACAAGGACCAAAAGAAGAAACAGUAAAUGAUUUCUGGAGAAUGAUUUGGGAGCAGAACACAGCGACAAUCGUCAUGGUGACUAAUCUGAAAGAGAGAAAAGAGUGCAAAUGUGCUCAAUACUGGCCAGAUCAGGGCUGCUGGACCUAUGGAAACAUCCGGGUGUCUGUGGAGGAUGUGACUGUCUUGGUUGACUACACAGUGCGAAAGUUCUGCAUUCAACAGGUAGGUGAUGUCACAAACAAAAAGCCUCAGCGCCUGGUGACCCAGUUCCACUUCACCAGCUGGCCUGACUUUGGGGUCCCCUUCACCCCUAUUGGGAUGCUGAAGUUCCUGAAGAAGGUGAAGACGUGUAACCCCCAGUAUGCAGGAGCGAUUGUCGUUCACUGCAGCGCCGGAGUAGGACGCACAGGCACUUUUAUCGUCAUUGAUGCCAUGCUGGACAUGAUGCAUGCAGAGAGGAAGGUGGACGUGUAUGGUUUCGUGAGCCGGAUCCGGGCUCAGCGCUGCCAGAUGGUACAGACAGAUAUGCAAUAUGUUUUUAUAUACCAAGCACUUCUGGAGCACUAUCUGUAUGGAGACACAGAGCUAGAAGUGACCUCGCUAGAGACCCACGUCCAGAAAAUCUACAACAAAGUGCCCGGGACCAGCAGCAACGGGCUAGAGGAGGAGUUCAAGAAACUAACUUCAAUCAAAAUCCAGAAUGACAAGAUGAGAACAGGCAACUUGCCGGCAAACAUGAAGAAAAAUAGGGUGCUUCAAAUAAUUCCAUAUGAGUUCAAUCGAGUGAUCAUUCCAGUGAAGAGAGGUGAAGAGAACACAGACUAUGUCAAUGCGUCCUUUAUUGAUGGUUAUCGCCAGAAGGACUCCUACAUUGCUAGCCAGGGCCCUCUCCAGCACACAAUAGAGGAUUUCUGGAGGAUGAUCUGGGAGUGGAAAUCCUGCUCUAUAGUUAUGUUAACAGAGCUGGAAGAGAGAGGCCAGGAGAAAUGUGCCCAGUACUGGCCUUCUGAUGGCUCUGUGUCCUAUGGAGACAUCACCAUGGAGCUGAAAAAAGAGGAGGAAUGUGAGAGCUACACAGUGCGGGACCUGCUAGUAACAAACACCAGGGAAAACAAGAGCCGGCAGAUUCGACAGUUCCAUUUCCAUGGCUGGCCGGAAGUUGGAAUCCCUAGUGAUGGGAAAGGAAUGAUCAAUAUCAUUGCAGCUGUGCAGAAACAACAGCAGCAGUCUGGGAACCAUCCAAUCACUGUGCACUGCAGUGCCGGGGCAGGAAGAACAGGAACCUUCUGUGCACUGAGCACUGUCCUGGAAAGGGUUAAAGCCGAGGGGAUUCUGGAUGUCUUUCAGACAGUGAAGAGUUUAAGAUUACAGAGGCCGCAUAUGGUGCAGACACUGGAACAGUACGAAUUCUGCUACAAGGUGGUGCAGGAAUACAUUGACGCCUUCUCAGACUACGCCAACUUCAAGUGAAAAAACAAAAAGAAACAAAUGACAGAAGAGUUGCCUUCUUUAAUAUUUUGUAAUAUUCUGUUUGUUAAUAUACCCCCCAAAAUAUGUGUAUAUAUCUUAACUGUUUUAGAGAUUGGUACCAUAGGCUUCAUAUUAGCUGGAGAUUUUAUAUGUAGCAAAAGUGUUAGCGCGGAUACUGUUGGCUCCUUUUUUUCCAAUGUUUUAUUGGGGAAUUAAAUAGCGUGAUGUUUGGAUUAAUAUUGUCAAUCCAUCUCUCUGCUGGAGAGUUGAUAUAGGCUGUUGUUUUGUUUGUAAAUCUUUUUCUUUUUCCCUGAGGGAGUAAAGCCUUUUUAAAAAUAA